GUGCGGCGGGACUGGGGUGCGCUUGGCCCCGCCGCUGGCCAUGGCCUUCACUUUCGCUGCUUUCUGCUACAUGCUGUCCCUGGUGCUGUGCGCCGCGCUCAUCUUCUUCGCCAUCUGGCACAUCAUUGCCUUCGAUGAGUUAAGGACGGAUUUUAAGAGCCCCAUAGACCAGUGUAACCCCGUUCACGCGAGGGAACGGCUGAGGAACAUCGAGCGCAUCUGCUUCCUCCUGAGAAAGCUGGUGCUUCCGGAAUAUUCCAUCCACAGCCUCUUCUGCAUCAUGUUCCUGUGUGCUCAGGAGUGGCUCACCCUGGGGCUGAACAUCCCUCUACUUUUCUAUCACUUCUGGCGGUACUUCCACUGUCCGGCUGACAGCUCAGAGCUUGCCUAUGACCCACCGGCGGUCAUGAAUGCGGACACCUUGAGCUACUGUCAGAAGGAGGCCUGGUGUAAAUUGGCGUUCUAUCUGCUGUCCUUCUUCUACUACCUUUACUGCAUGAUCUACACGCUAGUGAGCUCUUAA